ACAUUGAAGUCUUAACCCGAACCCUCAUUUUCUCCUCCUUCUCACUCUAAAACACCUCAGAACACAACACACAACACACAACAACAAAUUAAAAAAGAAAAAAGAAAACCUCAACCUCCUUCUUCAGUUCUUCUCACUACCCCAACCCUAACCCAAAACAGAAUUCGGUUGCAACUCUCAAAAAGGAGUCUUGCGUGUUUGUUUGUUUGUUUGUUUUAACAAACACGCAAGUUAACAAACACUGGAGAAUCAGUUGCUGCUACAAUUAAGAAUAUCACAAUUCCAGACCAUUCUCAUUCCCAACGAGUUUUAAUCCCAAAUUGGUUCAUUCUCUCUCAAUUGAGGAUUGCACCUAACUCAAUGUUCUCAACCCCAUUCGUUCUCACUUUCUCUCUCCUCCUCUCUCUCCCAAUCCUCUUCUUCCUCGCACCGCGAAUCCUCCCUCCACGGCCACACUCCGUUCACAUUUCACCCUCCGAUGAACUCGAUGACGUCAACCUCUUCAACCGCGCCAUCACCCAAUCCCAUUCAAAUCCCAAAUCCAAAUCUAACCCUUCGAAAUUCUUUCACCUUUCAUCCAAAAACCCAAACCUCAAAAUCGCAUUCCUCUUCUUAACUAACUCCGAUCUCCACUUCGCGCCUCUCUGGGAUCGCUUCUUCCAAAACAACCCAACCAACCUUUACAACAUUUACAUACACGCUGACCCCUCCGUGAAUGUCACGCGCCCUGACUCCCCUGUCUUCCGCGGCAAGUUCAUCGCCGCUAAACGGACCUACCGCGCGUCACCGACCUUAAUCUCCGCCACGCGCCGUCUCCUCGCCACCGCACUCCUCGACGACCCCGCCAAUGCCUACUUCGCCGUCCUCUCCCAGUACUGCAUCCCUCUCCAUUCCUUCAAUUACAUCUACCAUUCCCUCUUCGUUUCACCUACCUUCGAUUUGACCGAUCCCGAGUCGACUCAGUUCGGUGUUCGUCUCAAAUACAAGAGCUUCGUUGAGAUUCUCUCCAAUGCGCCUAAGCUAUGGAAGCGUUACGUCGCGAGGGGUCGUUACGCGAUGACGCCGGAAGUUCCGUUCGAGAAGUUUCGGGUCGGAUCUCAGUUUUUCACCCUCGCUCGACGUCACGCGUUGGUGGUCAUCAAGGAUCGAAGCUUGUGGAGGAAAUUUAAGAUACCUUGUUACCGCGAAGAUGAGUGUUACCCGGAGGAACAUUAUUUUCCGACGCUGUUGUCAAUGGCGGAUCCCGACGGUUGCACCAAGUACACGCUUACGCGGGUCAAUUGGACCGGCACCGUCAACGGCCACCCUUAUACUUAUCGUCCUGCCGAGGUCUCGCCGGAGCUCAUUAGCCGGCUGCGCCAGUCCAAUCAUUCCGAAUCUUAUUUGUUUGCGAGGAAAUUCACUCCAGAUUGCUUGGAACCCUUGAUGCGCAUAGCUAAAUCGGUCAUUUUCAGGGAUUGAAAUUUUAACGUGGUGGAACAGGUCAGUGAAGAGAUUGAUUUAUGGUGAGAUGAUAUUGCUUGGUGUUGCUAUGGCUAUAGCUUCAUUGGGGGUAUAUCGUUUGAAGAGGCAUAAAUAGCCCACAACUUAUAUUCCUGGAACUCUCUAAUGGAGAGAACUCGAGAUUACAGUAAUGAGGAAUCAAAACAGAAAGCAAAGAAAGAGUUAGACACCUGCGUGAGUUAAGAAAGAAAGGCGGGGGUGCUCUGGUCAGGUGUAUUCAAUUGGUGCAAGAGCUCUAGUGAUUGCCAGAGAAGAUUAUGUAGGUAUUUUUGUGGUAUGAUUUUUGUAUAUAUACGAAUCGUGUAAAAACAUUGAUAAAAAGGUCUACAAUGUUACUGGUUUUGGACGAAACAAGAGCUGUUGCCUGAACGUGAGGCAAC